GCCCCGCCCGCCUCCCGGGGCCGUGUGGGAGCUGUAGUUCCGCGCUGCCGCGGCCGCACCGCCGCCUCCUCCGCCGCUCCGUGCGGGGCCAUGGCCGCCCGCUCCCUGCGGCGCCUCGGGGCGCUGCUGCCCGCGGCCGGCAGGGCCGGCACCGGCAGUUUGCAUUUCAGAGGGUCCCCCUGUGCUUUCAGCGCUGCAGCUCAGCAGAGAAGUACAGGAGACGAGUGUGGCCCAGAGGACCCCAGUGACGAGGCCAAGCACCCCCUCUCUGACUGUGCCCUGGAGCACAAAGCCAUCAAAUUGGAGGAGCAAGUCCGAGAUUUAACUGAGCGGUACCGGAAAGCUUUGGCAGAUUCCGAGAACGUGCGGAGGAGAACACAGAAGUUUGUGGAAGAUGCCAAACUCUUUGGGAUCCAGAGUUUCUGCAGGGACCUGGUGGAGGUGGCAGACAUCCUGGAGAAAACAGCCGAGAGCGCCGCGGGCCACGCGGAGCCCAGCGACCCCAACCCCGCCCUGAAGAAGAUCUACGAGGGGCUGUCUCUCAUCGAGGCCAAGCUGCAGAGCGUCUUUGCCAAGCACGGCCUGCACAAGAUGAACCCUGUUGGGGGCAGGUACGACCCCUACGACCACGAGAUCAUCUGCCACGUGCCGGCCGAGGGCAUGCAGCCGGGCACGGUGGCGCUGGUCACGCAGGACGGCUACAAACUGCACGGCCGCACCAUCAGGCACGCGCUGGUCGGCGUGGCCGUGGAGGCACAGGAGUGACGUGGCCUCACCUGCCCCACCUGGGACCUUCCUGAGCUGGGGACAGUCACAGCUUCGCGUGUUUACUUAUUUAUUGAGCUGGGUUUGUGUCGUGUGAUGGCUUCGGGCUGGCGGGCGCGGCGGUGUCGCCGUUCGUUCUGAGGUACCUGGGUAUUUAAUGAUCCUUCUUGGAGUCCGUGGAGUAGCAGUAGGAGUCCUGCUGUUUGUCAGAAUAUUUGUGCUUUCUCUGCUUAUUUCUACAUGAAGGUUUGUGUGGGGAAGAGAGGAGAUACGGAGAGAAAGGGAAAUUCUCUUCCUGAAUCUCUGUUCCGUCUCUGAGGGAGACUCCUGCAGUGUCCUCCAGGAAAGGAACUUCUCUGCCUCACUUUCCAUAGCUGUAUUAAGGGACUGUAAUAAUACUGACCUACCUCACAAGGAUGUGGUGAGGCUUUUCAUGUGCAAAGCACUGGGAGAAGUCCAGAGGGAUGAGUAUUAUUAUCACCUGCAUUUGAUGUCUUCCCUUGUCCCCAGACCCCGCGGAUGGGGUGAAGAUGAUCACUUGAAAUGACAUUUAGGGGCAGCUUUUUCUUAUGUUGCUUCAGGAAAACAAUCUGGAAUUCAUGGAAUCUCUGUCGUACUAGGGUUGAAUAGAGAUGAGGGUUUAAAAAGAAUUCAGUUGUUAGGUCAGACUAAUGUUAAUAUUCCUUCUUCAGGUACAAUUCCAGCUUGACUCUUUGUUCCCAAAGGUAAAACAGGGAAUGGUGAUUUGUGGUGGAGCCAGAAAACUGUCCUCACAUCUCUUAAUCUCCAGCCCAAAUGUAUGUUUUAGAGGAGAGUAAUUUCUCUUCCCUGGUGGGUAUUUGUGCAGCUUUCAAGCAUGAUAAACUAUGUGCUCUUUGUUGUAGCUGCUGGCAAAAUGGAGCUGUGCCCUUAAGCAGGAAAUCUGGACUGUUCUAUUUUCUCAGCUCUCUAGUAGAGAUCCUCAGAUUACACCAACUUCCAAUCCACAUUCAAUGAUCCUGGUAAAUAUUAAACCUUUUGGGGUUUGACGCAAGGAGAAAAAUCUUCUCCAAAGUCUCAAGUGCCCUUGAACCAAUUUUAGCAGCAGUGACAAGAAAGCAAGAGAAGCAGAAGGCUGAGGAAGUGAAAGCUGACCUCGAGCUGUCCUCCUGGUUGGAGGCAUGUUGUUGUCACAGCACAUAUGUAUUUCCCACUGGCCCUAUUGCCUGGGAGUUCAUUUAUCUCAGCUGAAAGGAUGCAGUCACUGAGGAGGAUCAGAAUUUAACCCUUGGCAGAGCAGCAAGCAGUCAAAUGACAGAACAGAUAAGCCACAAAACCAGGAAUGGUUGGUUUCCACAUUGUUUCUUACUGAUUUGUUCAUUCCUUCCUUUUUACUUUCUGGAAUUGGUUCCAUAACCUAACAAAUGCACUUCCAAAACCGCUUUAGUUAGAGUGGAGCCAUCCCUGAUUUGGAAGAAAAUUUAUUCUUCUCCCAUUCCUUUGCAGGCUUCAGCUGAAAAACCUUUUUGUAGUGGACCUCAAGAUUGUCACAGCCUUUAAUAUUGUCAGUCCUUCACCUGGGGAGACUGUGUGCAGUCAGUGGGUUGGCAUCCCAGAAAUUUAAUCAAUCUGCACAUUUCUACCCUGCUCCUUGCGACCUUUUCUCGUGGCAGCUGUGGUUCUGUAGUGGAUCCUUUCUGGAGUGUGGGUUUCUGCCUCUGAGCAGUAGGUUCUGAGGGAGGUGCUGGAGAUUUCAGCCCUGAAACAGCACUUCUGGCAGCUUUAGCUCAUGGACAAAACUUGUUCAGUGUCUUGCAUUAUUCUGAUGCUUUCGGAAGUUUCAGAGAUAAACAGGACUCCCUGUUCAUUGUUGUGCUGGGCAGGUCACCAGGGUACGCUGUUUCUCCAGAGCAGAACGGGUCAAAUAUGAAAUGUGGCACUGCAAAUCUGGCUGUUCUUCCUCAGAAGUGAGGAACCCAUGUCCUCAGCUGGAAGGAGCAGUGGGGUCUCUGCUGCCUCUUCAGCCCCUGCUGUAUCAGCUGAGUCUUGCAGCAUGAGGGAAGAGCUGGAACCAACUUUGAAAGUGAAACCUCACUUGUAAGGAACCAAACAGAAGCACAGGCAUUUUACACAGCACAGUUUGCUGUCACAGAGAGGCUGCAGCUGGGUGUGACCACGAGUGAUGGGAUCCAAAUCCUCUUUAAACUCACCCACAGAGCCACUGGACUCUGAAAAUGAAAAAAAUGAAAAAAAUGAAAAUGAAAAAAAAUGUUACAGCCACUCAGUCCAACUUGGGUUUGCCAACUCUGCCUGUCUCCUCAGCCAGUACUCACCCACUUCUGCCUUAAGGAAAUACCCUAAAAUGCACUCCAGACCUUCUGUCUGUACUGAGGGAUGAUUUAUUCAGCUUGUCUGUCUGGGGUCAGCUCUCACUGAGGCACUGCAGUGUGGCUGCAGCAGGAAUUUGAGGGAUCCAGUUCCUGUGCAGUCCUUCCCACCCUCACAGAGCCUCUGUUUAAUCUGGGGCAAGUUCUUCUCCCAGUGAAACCUCCAAAACUCUACAGGAUCCUACCAGGUUUUAUGAUUCCUGUGAAUUGGAGCCAAUGCUGAGAGACUCUUUCACAGAUGUUACCAAAGAGAUAAAUCCUGUUGCUGUUGUUUGCCCCAGUUUCUGCUUCCUUGGAAAGGUGAGGUGAAAAUGAAAUAACCAAGCCUGGAUUCCAUCAGAGAAUCCAGAUUUCCCAGGUAAAGUUUGAUUCUCUUGCCUUUCGAGCACAUUUAAUGAUUUUUUUUGUCCUAGGUGAGAUUGUGGAAGGGUGGGUUGAAUUUCCCCUUGGUUCUUGCUGCCUUUUCUGCCCUGUUUCUGUAACUCCUGCAGGGAGGGGACUGACCCAUGAGCUGCUCCUCUGCAGUCACUCUAUCCAGUGGCUGUUUAAUAAAAAACACAGAAAUACAUCAGCAGGGCAGGAAUAGCAGAGGAGAGGAAGUGUCCUGUACCUUUUGGUCAUUUCCACACCUGGACAAGUCUCCAGUGGCACUGUCCUGAGCAUGGCAAGAUCUGAACUCUGACCAGGAGCAGCGUGGAGUGAAAUGGAUGUUGCUUUGUGAACCUUAACUUCCCAGUGCUUCAGCAGCAGAGCUUCUGUUGGAAGAGCUGUGAUCACUCAACAGCUCUUAGCUGUCCCUUAAUUAAAAAAAAAAAAAGUAUUUAAGUUUUCUAUUGUGAAUAUUGUAGUAUUUUUUUAUUUUAAAACUCGAGGUGUUUUGAUAUUACUUGCAAAGUCAAACGAACAAAGCGUUGCUAAUCUCCAAAAACCUUAAGGCUAUUUAGGUGGGAGGAAAACAUGUAUAUAUUGUAUUUUUUGUGUGUUUUUGUGCUCUCUGUUUACCCAAAGGUUCUGACUGUAUGAAAGACAGAGAUGUGUGGGAGCUGUGCAAGGAAUUGACAACGACAUUUGAGUUGAUGUUGGAAAGGGCUGAUUUCCUUUACAUGUCCAGAUUCUGUCCAUUUGCUAAUAAAACCGAAGAAUUGCAGUGA